AUGUGUCCAGAAAUGCAAUUAGUUAUUUCUUUAAACUCAUACACUGAUGGAACUGAAUCUCCUAUACUCACAGAUGAACCAGAAGAAAAACCUAGAAUUAAAUAUGGUGAAUUAGUCAUUCUUGGAUACAAUGGAUUUUUACCACAAGGUGAUAGAGGGCGACGGCGUUCAAAAUUUGUUUUAUAUAAACGCACAGAAGCAAAUGGAGUUAAAAGAUCAAAACAUUAUAUAGUUCAAUCACCACAAACGUCAAAAGCCAUACUGGAUGCAAAUCAACAUUCAAUAUCAUAUACACUGUCCAGAAAUCAGGCUGUAAUUGUUGAAUAUAAAGAAGAUCCGGAAACAGAUAUGUUUCAGGUUGGAAGAUCAUCUGAAUCCCCAAUAGACUUUGUAGUAAUGGAUACUUUGCCCGGCGAUAAAAAAGAUGCAAAAGUAAUGCAAAGUACAAUAUCACGUUUUGCAUGUAGAAUAUUAGUCAACAGAUGUGAAGCAUCUAAAGCAAGAAUAUAUGCAGCAGGUUUUGAUUCUAGCAGAAAUAUAUUUUUAGGUGAAAAAGCUACAAAAUGGCAAGAUAAUGUUGAAAUAGAUGGUCUUACCACAAACGGUGUGUUAAUUAUGCAUCCAAAAGGUGAUUUCUGUGGAGGUAACGCUAAAUGUGGUUUAUGGCGUGAAUGUUCUGUCGGUGGUGAUGUAUUUGGCCUUAGAGAAUCAAGAUCUGCACAACAAAAAGGACAACCAAUAUAUGAAGAAUCAAAUGUUCUGCAAGAUGGCACAUUAAUUGAUUUAUGUGGUGCUACAUUGUUAUGGAGAUCAGCUGAAGGAUUAGUGCACACACCUACAAAACGUGAUUUGGAAAAAUUAAUUGAUGAUAUAAAUGCUGGAAGGCCUCAAUGUCCGGUUGGCCUAAAUACUUUAGUAAUACCACGUAAAGUCAGUUUAGGUGAACAAUGUAAUCAACCUUAUGUUUAUCUUAAUUGUGGACAUGUACAAGGUCAACAUGAGUGGGGUCAAGAUAAAUCGACAGGAGCUAGAAGAUGUCCAAUGUGCUUAGAAUUAGGUCCAGCUGUAACAUUAUGUAUGGGUCUUGAACCAGCAUUUUACGUUGACUCAGGACCACCAACAUAUGCAUUUAAUCCAUGUGGUCAUAUGGCGACGGAAAAAACAGUCAAAUAUUGGGCAAAUGUAGAUAUACCACAUGGUACAAAUGGAUUUCAAGCAGUUUGUCCAUUUUGUGCAACGCCGUUAGAAGGUGCUCCUGGCUAUAUAAAAUUAAUUUUCCAAGAUAAUUUAGAUUAAAAUAAUUAUAAAUAUUAGAUUGUAGAAAUAUUAAAAAAGAUAUAUAUAUAUAUAUAUGUAUAUAUAUAUAUAUAUAUAUAUAUAUAUAUAUAUAAAUAAGUAUGUGUUACUGCAAAAAUGGCUAUAAUGUGAAAUUUAUUUUUCAAGAUGCUUUAUAUUUUGUUUAACAUAUCUUAGUAUGUGUGUUUACAAAUUCACAUUUCUAUUUUUUAAAUUACCACAAACUAUUUAAAAUAAUAUGUAUGUUGGAAUUUGAAACAAAAAGUAUUAGUGAAAAUUUUG